AUGAAUUGGUUCAAGCAGCAACUAGCCAACGUCGUGGGCACUGAGGAGCCCGAAUAUGGGCCUUCCGCAGUCCAGCCGGUGACCAAGCAGGAAGUGCCCUACUCUAUCCUGUCCAAGGAUGAUUUGCGGUGGAAGGCAAUGGAGCACACAAAUGUCGAGACCGAGACGUUUUAUUUCUACGCCGACGACGGGACGACCGCUCUUGCUCAAGUCAUUUACAGCAAUGUCGGGGGACUCCAUACCACGGCACAGCUCAACAGCAAAAUCUUCAACUACGAAGGCCCGGGAAAACAUCUCUGGUGCUCAGACCCGCUGAAGGACUAUGGUUUCGACGAGCCGAAGACAAGCUUCUACGCCGACAACGUGGCUUUGGAAAUGAACGAGGCGGGUGACACGUACACAAUCAAGUCUGCCAGAAAUGACAAUUGCAUUGUCAACUUGACGGUUAAGAGAGCAGCGCCGGGAUUCCAAAUUGGUAAAGAUGGCACAACCUAUUUUGGCACCGAUAAAAAAAACCCGUGGGGCUCAAUGCGACACGCUUUCUGGCCGCGGUGCACAGUGACCGGCACCAUGCAGACCCCCUCGAAGACGUACAACUUGGAGGGCAAAGGCACUUAUAUCUACGCUCUCCAGGGGAUGAAGCCACACCACCUGGCAAAUAGGUGGAAUUUUGCCAACGUUCAUACCAAAGACUAUUCGGCCAUCCUCAUGGAAUAUACCACACCUGCCUCUUACGGGAAAACCACGGUUGGCGUUGGUGGCAUCGCCAAAGAUGGCGAAUUGAUAUGCGCCGGCGAAUGUACCGCCGAACAUCUCACUUCCAUGCGGGAGACACCCCACGACUGGCCAGAACCAAGGACGAUAUUGUGGAAGUGGGAUGGCCAAAAGGAUGGCAAGCCUGUUCAUGGUGAGGUCAGGGGCGAACUGCCGGCCAAGUCAGACCGGGUAGAUGUUCUGGCACAUUUGCCCGGCUUCGUCAAAUCUUUCAUUGGUCACGCGACAGGCUUGAAGCCUCACAUCUUCCAAUAUCUAUCAAACGACCAACUCGAGCUGAAAGUCAAGGUUGGCGAUGAGGCAGAGGUCUCCGAGCCCGGCAAAGUCUUGACAGAGGCGACAUUUAUCUCGUAA